AUGGAGAGCCCCUCAAAAGCUCCCCACAGUGGGGACAGCCCCUGGACGGGGCUCCUUAUUACAGCCUCCAUCCUCAGCUGCUGGAUCCAGCCAACAUCUGCCCAAAGUGAUUCCUUCAGUGUUGUGCCAAAGCCACCCUAUGGGACAGUGGGUAGCAGCAUCACCUUGGACAUCCAGGGGUCCUCAGAGCAGGCUCCCAGCUAUACUUGGUACGGAAGGACAGUAGGCCCCUCCAACCAGAUUGUUUUCUACCAUGUUGCUACUGGAUAUCACACAACAGCAGAUAACCGGAAGAAGAUCUUCUCCAACAGCUCCUUGCUCAUCUCCAACCUCACCCUCAGUGAUACUGACAACUACCUUGUACAAUUUCUUAAUCUGAGAAGCAUCCUGAUGGUAACAGCACGAGGACAUUUAGCCAUGUAUGAAACAGCAUCCAAACCUAACAUCAAUGCCAAUAAUGCCAACAUAAUAGAGAAUGGCACUUUGGUCUUCACAUGUAGCACAGAACAUGAGGGGAUGAACAUUCUGUGGUUCUUUAAUGACAAGUCCCUGUUACUCAAUGAGAGGAAGUACUUGUCUGAGAAUAACCAGACCCUCACCAUCAAGAAUGUGAGGAGGGAGACACUGGGUCCUAUCAAUGUGAAGUCUGGAAUCCAAUCAGUGCCAGUAGAAGUGACCCCCUCACCCUGA